AUGACUACAAGCAAUCCCGGUCUCGGUGCAAAGGAAGUCGAGAAGCCAUGGCAUGCCGCCUACCCAGCACCAAAGACUACUGCUGCCGUCAUCACUCGCGAUAAACUUCUCUCAUGGUUGAAUCAAGGGCUAGUAGCGGGCGUAGACUUUGUCUUGGUGGAUCUUCGUCGGACGGACUUUGAGGGUGGAACUAUUCGUGGAUCUGUAAAUCUACCCGCUCAAUCGUUGUACUCGACCAUUCCCACGCUAUACACUCUAUUUUCUACCGCCGGCGUCCGCAACGUGAUUUGGUAUUGUGGCUCCUCGCGCGGCCGAGGCAAUCGUGCUGCUGGAUGGUUUGCGGAUUAUAUCAAGGAGCAGAAAGACUCUGAGAUGGACAGUCUUACGCUUGAACAGGGGAUAAAGGGGUGGGCGACAGGAGGUGAUGAGUAUGUGAGAAUGAUGGAUGAAUAUGUUGAGGCAGUGUGGAAAUAG